GACAAUUUCGAUCUGAAGGGACUCUCGUCAGAAUCAAGUCGGCUGCGUAUCGAGGAGGUCUAUUAUUUACAAAUUUGCUGUGAAUCUUUUACGUUUGUCAAUAUUGACGCCCAGUUGUAAGGUCGAUUAUAAAAGUCGUUUGCGUAAUGUCGAGCUUUGAAUGGGAGCAACAACAACUGCAGCUGCAGAUUCAGCAGCCGUUGCGACGUCGACGACAACAGCACCAACACCAACACCAACACCAACACCAACACCAGCACCAGCACCACCAACAGCACCACCAACAGCAUCAGCACCGCUGUGAAUUUCUGAUGCAGGAGAAAAAGCACUCGCUAACGGAACUAUCGUCCGGUCCCCUGGGGCAUGGCACAGAGGACGAUUGGACGUGGAGCAAGCGAAAUCGUUCCAAGGAGGUGGUCCUCAGUGGGCCCAACUUUCGCACAGUUCACUUCCAUCCCAAUUGGAGCAAGGGCACGGCCGGCAUUCAGGGCAAGCGACCCUUGAAUAACGGCCGCUACUAUUGGGAGCUGCACGUCUCACAGCGGGUCUUCGGCACCUCGAUCAUGUUCGGCAUCGGCACCAAAAACUGUCGGCUCCAUGCCAACGCCUUUCGCAACAUGCUAGGCGAGAACGAGCAUGGCUGGGGACUGUCCCACAAGGGCGUUCUCUGGCACAAGGGCGUGGCACUUCUAUAUACAAAACGUUUCCGCGAAAAUCAUCCCACACAAAUUGGCAUACUCUUCGAUGGCAUCGAGGGCACGUUAACCUACUAUAAGGAUGGCAAAUGCCUGGGCGUGGCAUUCAGAGAUUUAGACAAGGUAACCGAACCACUCUAUCCCAUUGUCUGCUCCACCGCAGCCAAAACGGAAAUGACUCUUAAGUGCGCCCGCCAGGAGUUUGUCAACCUGCAGGAUCGUUGUCGAGCGGUGAUCAUGCGAAGAUUGCACACAGUCGGCGAUGUGGAGAAGCUGAAGCUGCCACAGUCCAUCAGCGACUACCUGUGCGAGGUGAUCGACGACAUGGAGCCAUUGCGCCAGCUAUGUUCCAUAGGUGGAUGAGGGGAAGCUGUGCAUGAUCAACUAUGAUCUGCCAAUUUAGAAUGAAGAAUGACGAAUGAUAACGACGAUGCCCGUGAAACUCGAACAUAUGUGCCAUAAUUUGAGGGCUCACUGUACAGCUGUACGAUAUACAUACAUAUAUUUGUUGUGGACAAAUGCAAGUUGUUUCUAUGCGCAAAUCUCAAGUUUUCAGUCAGCAAGUUUUUGAUACAUACUAUAUAUAUAUAUGCAAGCAAAUAUAUAUA